AUGCCCCGCGAUACGACUCGGCUAUCCACCUCCUCGAUUGGUUUCAGAGUGCGGAGAGCGCACGCAAAGUCGAGGAAUGGCUGUCUCAGGUGACCCCCAGCGGAUGCCAGCUCGUCGGAUGAGCACGAGGUGCCGGACCGAUCAUAUUCGGAUCUAGACAUUCCUCUUCCGAGUCCCCAAGUCUCUGUGUUCACGUUAGAGGACCCCAGCGGGCCAGCAGAUAAUUACCUAUCUGUACCUGGAUCUGUCCUUAAUGCCUCUUGUCAUCUCUCUCCGCUUGGGUACUCUCCCAGUCCGAGGAGUGCAGAUGAGCGAGCGGUGCCAAGGCAGCUUCCUGAUACGCUCAAUGCCAUGGAACUGGGCCUCUUGGGCCACUAUCUAACGCACACGAGCCACUCAAUACCAUGUGAUAAGCUCGACCUCUACGCGCUAUCGGUUGGGAUGCCUAAUCUUGCGUUUACGAGCAAGCCGGUAAUGUCGUCUCUGAUAGCCUUAGCCGCAGCAUGCAAAUCCCAUGAUCUGGUCACGGGAACCAGGACGCCUUUAGACGGCCCAGUAUUAGCGCAAGUUCGAGACCUCCUGCGGCUUGCGGAGCAUCACCAUCGAGCUUCCCUCCAGCAUAUCCAAGCAUAUAUUUCUCAAUCAGACUGGUACGAUACCAUUCUGGCGAAUGCAGCACUGAUGGUUUUGUAUGCCUCCGCAAACCACUCCACGCGAGUUCAUCUCGCCAUAACUGCUAAGCGAGCUUCACGGCAGCUUCCAAGCGAUGUGCUGCCGCAGAACUCACAGUGGAUCUCAUUCACCCGCGCAGCCCACAUUGCAUCCAGUGCGGUUCUCAGGGAUAUUGUGGAUGCCGCAGAUUAUUUUCCGACGCCUAUGAGUAGCUCAACCAGUAGUGCCCAGGGCUUACCUCUCGAUGCUUGGAACGAUAGUCGUGUUCUAUCACCGGAACUUGGCCCGUCGGAAAGAACCAAGUCCCUCUUCCUUCCUCUCGUGGCUUCUACAUAUGUUCGGGCCCAUGAAACUCUACGGAAGAGGGCUGAUUCAAUAGCGGCUCGGUUCAAAGAAGCGGAGUCUCUUCAGGAUCAUUUGGAUGUUGGCGCAUGUUUGGAAGCUUUGCCGUUACUGGAAGCAUGUGCCACCGCUACGUUAUCCAGAACAGAGCCUCAGGACACCCCGGAGAAUGAAAAACCCGAAUCCGUGGUAUUUGACGACUCGUGCAAGGUCUCGUCUUGGGUUGGGAAGUAUAUGAUCAGCGUGACAUCUAUGACCUUGCCGACGGUCCUCCGGAGAACCAUCAUGUCGUACUUGAAUAAAGCGCCAUCGGACUUUCUCAACAUCAUCCAGUCAGUGCUCGAUUUACCAGCUGCAGAGGGGACCGUGGACCAUCUUUCGCCGCGAUAUGAAAAUAUGGCCCUGCUCACGCCCACACAGCUCCUGGCGGUAGAUAUUUUUGCCCACUGGCUUGUUCUUCUCUUGUUGCUGGACGGUGUGUGGUGGAUUGGUCGUAUCGGACAGUGGGAGCUGGGCCAGGUGGUGUCGUUGAUAAAGAAUCAGGACCUGCUUCCUCAGUUAGCAGACCCCGACUCGGACGAAACCUGGUGGCCUCAAAGCAUGUAUUUUGUCAACUUGGAGCUUUUGGCUGGUGUUUAG